AUGAGACUCUCCCUCGCUGGCCUCGUCGUUCUUGCACUCGCGCUCGUACGAGCAGCCCCCAUCGAGCCAACAGAGCUUCACUCCAAAGCUGCGCAAGGCCUUCGGCUGCUCGACCUCGCAGAGGACGCCGAACCUGUCUGGAAGACCGAAGAUGAGAAGCUCGAGCUAAUGCGCGCAGGAGUCCACUUCUUCGACGUCACAGAGACCUAUGAGAUUGAACAGCAGAUUCCCAAGUCGGCCUUGCGUGCACCUGCAGCGACGUUCCCGGCGCCGUCUCAGCAAACCACCGUUACCAGAAUCAUCGCCACGCUCUCGACCGCCAACAUGCAAGCAAGCCUGACCACACUCUCCAACUUCAACAACAGAUACUACAGGUCGUCGACCGGUGCCGAUGCCAGCACAUGGAUCCUCACCACCGUCAGAUCUAUCAUUUCCGGGAAAUCAGGCAUUAGCGCUUCGAACUUCGCGCACAGCUGGGGGCAGAGCUCGACUAUCGUCAAAUUCGCCGGACGGGAUACGUCAGCGCCUGUCACUAUCCUCGGCGCACACAUGGACUCGAUCAACCUGAGCAGCCCGACCAGUGGGCGCGCGCCAGGUGCAGAUGAUGAUGGCACUGGGACCGUCAAUCUGAUUGAAACCCUUCGAGCGCUCGUUGCGGCUGGAUUUACGCCUGCAACACCUCUAGAGUUCCACUGGUACUCUGGCGAGGAAGGUGGUCUCUUAGGUUCCAAUGCUGUUGCCGCAAACUACGCCAACAACGGCGUGCGCGUCAAAGCUUUCAUGGAACUAGACAUGACCGGAUACUUCAGACCAGGCUCCACGGAAGUAGUCGCCUUGGAGGCCGAUUACAUCGAUACCGGCUUGAACAACUUCCUCAAGCAGGUGGUCACGACGUACACAAGAUUGCCUGUGACCAUGGACACCCCUUGUGGUUACGCGUGCUCGGACCAUGCGUCGUGGUUCAAGUACGGCAUCCCCACGUCGAUGCCGUUCGAGGCGGUCACGGGCAACGACAACCCCCGCAUCCACAGCAGCAGCGACACCAUCUCGCAGUCGGGCUUCUCGUGGGCUCAUUCGCUCGAGUUUGCGAAGAUCGCGGUAGCUUUCGCGGUAGAGCUGACUUCGUAG